CAGACACCGGUGGGUAAAAAUGUCAGAAUGGGUUCCGGCCCGGAAGCCCUCGGAGGGACUCGUGAAAACGUUUUGGGGUUUUUUCUGCCACUUUGAGCGGGUUUUAUGUUGAAAGCUACGAUGCUUCAACCGUUGAGUUCUCUUCCUGCGAAGACAGGCGGCGUUGACAGCUACCAACUGCCACACACACACACACGUGCGCGCGCGCACACACACUCACACACACAGACACACGAGACAGAAAGUGUCCUCCGCCGGUGGACGUCUUCGCUUUGUUCCUCGGCUCGUUCCUCGGGUAUCAGACGCGGAGGAAAUCCCGUCAAGGUGCUCGAACUGAACUUUUUUCCUCCCGUGUGUCAGUAAGCGACGGCGUCCUUCAUCCUAGCAAGCUAACGGUCUCUCCCGCCCGGUAGUAACGGAGCUAGCGGAGAAAUGAGCCGACCGGGUCGGCGUUGCGUCUUUUUAAGACCGACGAGGUAACACGCGGCAACGACAACUGUCCCACUUGUCUUGGAUUGAUCUUCGUAGUCGACGUGAGUUGUGAACAGGAAACCCCGCGUUUCAUCCCGUGUUUAGUGCACAAUGAAGCACUGUGCAACAAAACAUGUCCGCAUACAGACAAUAAACAGUUGACAGAGAUCCAAAUAAGUUGAUAUUAAAGCUCUUAGUUUAGAAGCAGUGAUGCUAUAAAAUGGAAGCACAGGCCACUCAUUUCGUUUGUCAAACUGUAACCAUCAAAUAUUCAGUAUUGAUCAUGAAUAAUGUACUGCAUGAAAUCCCUGUGGCUCUGUGUGCCAUGGACCCGUUAGAAACCCUCUCCAGGACCCUUACAGGUCCCUGCACCUUAGUUUGGGAACCAUGGUCCCAGCUUUGUUUCUGUCACAUGAUUAUUAGAUCUCAGGACGUGCCCUCUGGCAGCAUGGAGGGAGGAUGUGUCUCUUCUGCUGACUCACCAGUAUCAUCGCCAUGUGCACUGCAGGUUAUUCGAGGAGACGUCUGACUUUGACGCGAAGCCGAGACCCGGCAGAAUGAAAUGAUUAUCUCUCUCUAGAGAUUGUUAAACCAAAAGUAAAUGAAACCGGUACAAUCUGAAAAUGUGACCAUGUUCAAUUGGCACUCUCAAGAUCGUGGUUCGGCACAUAAGGAAGCUCCGUCUUAUCUGCGUGAUCACGGUCUCUGCUUUCAUUUGUUUUCCUUGCCGCAGGUCAACGAGACUUUUUUUUUUUUCCCUCUUAGAAAAUACACGUGUAAGCACAAACGCUUGAGCGGGGUGAGCGUCUCCACCUACUUGCCGUGAAUUGCUUGGUCAUGCAGGAGACCAGGAAGGAAAAGAGGCUUUUUUUUGUGUCACGGCCUCGUGGGUCUCCAUGUUUGUUUUACCUUUCCCUUUGCAGAUAAACAGACACAGAGCUUUGCUAAACGCACCCGGCAUCCGUUGCUCUGCUGUCGCCUACAAAGUUGCAUUUGAACACUAUUCAGGACACGUUGGAACGUGCGCAGAGAGGCCCACCGUCCUCUCGCUUAAACUCCCCCAUGCCGCCUUUGUCGUCUUCGAAAAUACAACAUCAACUACAUGAGACGUAGUCCGGCAUCCUCGCUGUUGUCAUCCCUCCACAUGUCGGUUUCCCAAGAUUACAUUCUCGUGCCUUUUCUCGUUUUCAUGGUUGUGUUGUUUUCCACACAAACCUCAUCGCGUCACGUUGUUUCCCAGGAAAUUGAUAACGGCUAAUUUGUGUUUGACCUUUUGGAUGAUGUUUUUAGGCCUUUUUGUUUCGGGUCUGGGAGCCCGGAACGUAUUUUUCUCCCGUCUCACGAGAGUAAAUCGAGUUGCUGCAAAAGAACCGGGACAAAGCUCCACAAUUACCGUGUUUCUGUGAGAACGUGUCUUUAUCUUCUGUGCAGCCGAUGCAACCUGAGCAGCCCUGUGAGAAAGUAGCCUGGAGACGCGUUUCUAUGUGCACCCUGAACAGCAACAUAAGCACACUUAUAUUUGGGACUGGCCCGUCCUUUACGAGCAUCACCGUUUCUUCCUUUUCUCACACGGACAAUCACCCGACUCCAGAAUUCCCCGUGGCCCUUCAGAGCCGGUUCAGCAUCUGUCAGCUCAUCGCCUGGGUUUUACCGUUUACACUUUCAUUUAAAAAAAAAAAGCGUUAAGAGUUUUAAAAGAUCUAAUGAAUAUACAAAUAUUUUUGCGACUUUAUUAUCAUAAAAAAUAAAGCACAAAACGGGUAACUGUCACAGGAAUUGUACUUUCAUAUCUCAAGACUACACUGAUGUCCUUCUAUCUCUGAGAUUACUGAUUAACUUUUUAUUUUGUAUUAUUUCAUUAGUUUGUCUUUUUUUUUUAGAGGACAGACAAGUAGAAUCAUUAACAUCCAAGCCCCGAACAAAAUAGAAAACAUAAAUAAACCAAUUUGAUGUUAACUCCUGUCAUCAUUGUGCUUGAUAUUAUUGACUUUGACCUUUUGUUGACUUGUUGUUUUAGCUCUUCCACCCAUUCGCCCCCCCCCCCCCCCCUUCUUUAGUGUGACCGAUUUAUGUUCCAACUCACUAAUAUAGCGUAUUACCACCAGCUUAAGCCCUUUUCUAGACUGCAGGGAGAAAAAAAUGUUCCCUCGUGACAUUUGUUUCCAUUUCAGGGUGUCUAUUGUCGGCCCCCCAGUCCUAACCCUCCUCAAGGUAUACAAACACCCGAGUGAUGACGCCUUUUCUUUUCUAGCGUACUGGAUAAUGGACCUUUUUAUGUAAGCUGUCAGAAUUGAGUUGCCUCUUCAAUCCUUCUUCACCCCAAAGACAGGUGCUGUCUUCUGCGAAAUGCAGAUGGGCCCUCGUUGACUGGAGGGCAGCUGUUACCUCGCUCUGUGAAACCGGCCGUGUUCCAGCGACUGUGUGCACAUAACUUAGCACAGUCGUGCCGGAGUGCUGGACCACGCCGCGGUGAAGCCGGCGUGGCCGCUGAGCUGUGUGAAACCGAGCAGGGAGGUAGAGAGACGCCGAAUGGGGAGGUGGAUGGGUGGCAUCUAAACUGCCCGAGCUAUUUCGGGCUAAAAAAGAAACACUCGAAGGCAACAGAGGGCGCAGCCAUCAACCCGCACCGCCGGCAAAUCCCCAUAGAGGUCCACGGACGGGGCAGCUAUCGGUGUUGUACACGGCUACAUCGAGGUCACUCUUUGCAAUACAAAGACCGACUUUGCACAGGAGCCCCGGGUGGUGUUCUGGGUCCCCCUCCACAGCGGCGUUCACAGUUGCCCUACGAUGUCUGCGCUGGUGUCCCUGCUGUGAGCACACAAAGGUUAUGCUGCCCAAAAGCUGCCUGAGUCCCAGUGAGAAAGAGAAGGGCUAAAGCCGCACGGACCCGAACCAGCUCUCCAGAGGCCCUCCAGCAGCGACUCCCCUGUGGAGCCAUGAGCAGCCCCAGCACUCCCAGCCACGAGACGGAUGCCCGUGCAUCGGUUAAUCACAGUCCAGAGGCCCCUACUGCCUCAACACAACACGGGGCUCCGCACCCUGAAGAGGACGAUGAAGGGGACCUGAACAAAGCCUUGGGGGUCCAGCGCUUCCAGCAGAUCCUCAGCCCUGCUGCAGCCGUACCUGAUGAGCAGCACCACAACUACCACGAGGAGGACAUUGAAUACCACCGCCACUCCUCUCACCACAUCCACCGACCUCUGUCCAAACUGCCCUACGAGGGACGCAGGAAGAAGAGCAGCAAGAAAAAGAGAAAGGACAAGGAUCACGCCAGUGACAACCAUGUUCCCAGUGGCGGUCCCAUAGAGGAGGGAGAGGAUGAAGAGGAAGAGGAGGAUGAGGCAACAGAGACGACGCCAGUUCCAUCAGAGUCUGAGAGAGUGAAAGAUGUGGAGUUCUUUGUUUCAGAUGAAGACCAGGUGGCCGUACGGGGCAGAGAGAGCCCGCGUUUGUCCCGUAAGCUUCACGUCGUGCCACAGACUGCGGGGCGAGCGCAUCCUGAAGACUCAUCUUCCUCUGAUAACCCGCCCUCAUCCGACGCCGCCAGCCCCCCGCCCCAUUCAGGGCCACCUGAACUCAUACCACUGGCCCGGGUUUCCUCCACCAGCCGCGGCUACGACCUGCAAGAGCGCAGACGCACCGGCAACAUGACGGGAGCCGAGCAGGCCAAGUACCAGCGCGUCCCCACCGACGAGAGCGAGGCUCAGACGCUGGCCUCCGCCGACCUGGACGGCAUCAAGAGUCAUCGUUUUGAAGAUGUUCCCGGCGUGCGCAGGCACCUCGUCAGAAAGAGCACCAAGGGGCAGGUGGUGCACACGGGAAAGGACCACAAAGAGCCGAGCACUCGAAUCCGCAAGCAGGACCGGACUCCGCAUGAGGUGUUUGUGGAGCUGAAUGAGCUGACCAUAGACAAGAACCAGGAGAUGCAGUGGAAGGAGACCGCUCGAUGGAUCAAGUUUGAGGAAGACGUGGAGGAGGAGACCGACCGCUGGGGGAAACCUCACGUGGCCUCGCUGUCAUUCCGCAGUUUGCUGGAGCUCCGAAAGACCAUUUCACACGGUGCGGUGCUGCUGGAUCUGGACCAGACGACCCUGCCCAACAUCGCCAACCAGGUGGUGGAACAGAUGAUCAUAUCCGACCAGAUCAAAGCCGAGGACCGAUCCAACGUCCUGAGGGCCCUGCUGCUGAAACACAGUCACCCGAGUGACGAGAAGGAGCACAGUAGCCCGUUCCCCAGGAACAUCUCCGCGGCCAGCCUGGGCAGCCUGAUCACGCACCACCACAGUGCCAAUCACGGCCAUCACCCGGAGCCGUCAGUGACCGACCCGCUGAUGGGCGGCGUCCACGCCACGGGGGACACGGAGAUGCGCGUCGAUAUUGAGAAGAACGAGGCACAGAAGGAGAUGGUGUCCGGAAUGCAUCGCUCCAAAUCCAAACACGAGCUGAAGCUGCUGGAGAAGAUCCCUGAAAAUGCCGAGGCCACUGUUGUCCUUGUGGGAAGCGUGGACUUCCUGGAGCAGACCACCAUGGCGUUUGUGCGUCUGUUGGAGGCCGUGGAGCUCGAGUCUGUCCUGGAGGUCCCCGUACCGGUCAGGUUUCUCUUCGUUCUGCUGGGGCCCCCCAGCACCAACAUGGACUAUCACCAGAUAGGGCGCUCCAUCUCCACACUCAUGUCUGACAAGCAAUUCCACGAGGCGGCUUACAUGGCAGACGACAGGCAUGACCUGCUGAGCGCCAUCAACAGCUUCCUGGACUGCAGCAUCGUGCUGCCGCCCUCGGAGAUGGGAGGCGAUGAGCUGCUGCGCUCCGUCGCACGCUUCCAGAGGGAGAUGCUGGCCAAGAGGCAGGAGCAGGGGGUCAAGCUGGUCAAGGAGCCUAAAAGCAUGGAAGAAAAAGAGGCCCUCCUCACGCCCAUGAAGAAGUCGGACGACCCUCUAAAGCGCACCGGGCGCCCCUUCGGAGGGCUCGUGCGAGACGUGCGCCGCCGUUACCCAAAGUACCUCAGUGACUUCAAGGACGCCCUGGACAGCCAGUGCAUGGCUGCCGUCAUCUUCAUCUACUUCGCUGCGCUCUCUCCGGCCAUAACAUUCGGCGGCCUGCUGGGUGAGAAGACCGACGGGCUGAUCGGUGUCUCUGAGCUGAUCGUGUCGACGGCGGUGCAGGGUGUGAUCUUCUGCUUGCUCGGAGCGCAGCCGCUGCUCAUUGUGGGAUUCUCUGGACCCCUGCUGGUCUUUGAAGAAGCCUUCUUCAGCUUCUGCAAAGCCAACGACAUGGAGUACCUGACCGGCCGCGUCUGGAUCGGGUUUUGGCUCAUUGUCAUCGUGAUCGUCAUGGUGGCCUUCGAGGGGAGCUUCAUGGUCCGCUUCGUCUCCCGCUUCACGCAGGAGAUCUUCUCCUUCCUCAUCUCCCUCAUCUUCAUCUGCGAGACCUUCAUCAAGCUCGCCAGGAUUUUCAACGAGCACCCGCUGAGAAGUUGCUCCCUCGGCAACGGCACAGACGCCUCGCCGGCAAAUGUCACGCUCGCUCUGGGCAACAGCACCGUGCCGGCGGCGGUCCUGAACCAGCCCAACACCGCGCUGCUCUCCCUGGUCCUCAUGGCCGGAACCUUCUUCAUCGCCUUCUACCUGCGCAAGUUCAAGAACAGCGCCUUCUUCCCUGGAAGGUUGCGCAGGGUCAUCGGAGAUUUCGGCGUCCCGAUUGCCAUCCUCAUCAUGGUCCUGGUGGACUACAGCAUAAGCGACACUUACACACAGAAACUGAGCGUUCCUCACGGUUUCUCUGUGACGAGUCCCUCGAAGCGCGGCUGGAUCAUCAGUCCUCUGGGCACCGACGGACAGUUCCCCGUGUGGAUGAUGUUUGCCUGCUGUUUGCCCGCUCUGCUGGUUUUCAUCCUCAUCUUCAUGGAGACCCAGAUCACCACGCUCAUAGUGAGCAAGAAGGAGCGGAUGCUGGUGAAGGGCUCCGGGUUCCAUCUGGACCUGCUGCUGAUCGUGGCGCUGGGCGGCUGCUCGGCUCUGUUCGGCCUGCCGUGGAUGGCCGCCGCGACCGUCCGCUCGGUGACCCACGUCAACGCCCUCACAGUCAUGAGCAAGGCUGUCGCCCCUGGAGACAAGCCCCGCAUCCAGGAGGUGAAGGAGCAGAGGGUCACCGGGCUCCUGGUGGCCGUCAUGGUUGGUAUGUCCAUUGUGAUCGGUGACCUGCUGCGUCAGAUCCCCCUGGCGGUGCUGUUUGGCAUCUUCCUCUACAUGGGUGUGAUGUCCCUCAACGGUAUCCAGCUAACCGAGCGCAUGAUGCUGCUGCUCAUGCCUCCAAAGUACCACCCAGACCACACCUACGUACGCAAGGUCCGCACGCUGCGCAUGCAUCUGUUCACCUGCAUCCAGGUGGUGUGUUUGGCGUCUCUGUGGGCCGUCAUGUCCACGCAGGCCUCGCUCGCUUUCCCCUUCGUCCUCAUCCUCACCAUCCCCGUCAAGAUGUUCCUGCUGAGCCGCAUCUUCACCAGCAGGGAGAUAGCAUGCCUGGACGCAGACGACGCAGAGCCCAAGUUUGACGAGCGCGAGUGUCACGACGAGUACUCGGAGAUGCAAAUGCCCGUGUAACCCGUGGCGACCCCUCACAUCACCACCAAAAAAGAGGUUUCAACUCCUCCUCAGCACCACCGAGACACCAGGGGGUAACCUGGCGGCCGUCUGGUUAGUUGUUCGGUCGACUUGUUAACUUUUUUUUUUUUAAAUCUGGGGGCCUUUUGUGCCGGUUUAUCAGCGGAAUUAAAACGGUCGACACAUGAAAUGCUUUUAAGGAAAUCUAUAUAUAUAUUUCAGUGGACAAGAGAUUCCAAAUCACUUAAUGCGAUCUCGAGCUCGAAAAUUGAAUGUGAUUCCAUUCGAUAGAUUUGCAGUUGAGUUAUUAAUUUUUAGCCCUGAAAAGUUGCUCUGAUUCACAUUGAAGUGGAGGAAAUAUGGGAGUUAGCGUUCGUCUUUUAUAUUAACACACAAGUUUGGUUUUUGUCCAUGUUUUAAGCUCACCAAGCGCCUUUUAUGAAGUAACGUAAAAAGUUAUACUGAGGCGUUUUAUUCCUCCUCAUCGCUUUACCCUCCCCGCGCUCGUGGCACUUUUUAAGACCCCAAAUCUGAACAAUGGCUGUAUUUUUUUUAUGUGACAAUUGUAACAUCUUCGCAUCCUCUUUCAUUCCUUAUAUAUCAAUGUUGCUUUUGUUUGUUUCUCAUACGACCAUCUGUGACCAUCUUCUUUUUUUUUUCUUAUUUGGGAGAUUUAAUAAUAUGAAAACAUAGUUCUGAUCAUAACACGAGAUUAAUACAGCGGCAUAAUAUAUAUAUACAUGUAUUACUCUACAUGUCUCCAUGCACAUGUUUAGGGAACUAAUGUAUCGGUUUGUUUGUUUCACUCGGUGUGUCAACGGGAAUCGUAAUUUAUUGGUUUCUUUGUCCAAGUGCCAAAUGUUGUGUAAAUAGUUUUGUGAUCAGAACAAUAAGCUGCAGCUCAGCCAUCUCCCAUCCACUACUGUAACGACAAUUCUCUUUAAGGAGAAUUAACACCAUUCCUUGUUUUAUCAUAACUUUGCUAUAUUUCUUUUGGCAUCCACUAAUUUAAACAUUUCAUUCGCACUUGUAAACUCGGUCGACCAAAUUUACACACAAGCUGUAUAGACAAUCUCAAUACUGAAGCGUGACUGGGAAGGAAGGCUUUUAGAGAUAUACAUGUUUAUUCAUUUUGGUUUUGUUUUAUGUCACGUUGUAUCAGUGUGACAUGGAUUGGUUAAAGCUUUGACUGUGUCAAAUGACUGAAAUGUUCCGUCCUCUGUUACUCUCGAGUGUGUAUUUCACUUCUUUCCCUUCUGAACUGUCCCGUCUCAGCCUGUUUGGAGAGGCGCACAAAGUCUCAAGUGCCUCUGGGACCAGGAAGUGUUUGUUGAACCACACGCGUUACAAUAGUUUGCACUUUCCAAGACGCUCAAAAAUCAAACAUCUCUCCAUUAUUUAUCCUUUGCAAUAUGAGGCAUUAUUGCUGCCUCUGUAGGUUAUGUCUUGUUUUUGAUGUACACAUUUGGCUGCGUCCUAUCCGGGGACGUUGGAGUGAAGUGUGUGUUUUGUGUUUGCUUAGUGUGCCUGUGGAUGGAGUGAAGUCGGUCCGUGUGUGUCGAAAGUAUCUGUCAAAGCUGCGAAAUGCUCAAACAAUAUUUUGUCCUAUUUCAAACGCAAUAGACGGUCUGAAAGGCUGCUGAAGUUCCAUUGUACAUUAAAGGUUGAAAUAUUGAUGACAAAUAAAAGGUAUUUUAUAUUUG